GUCCUGGCGUCCUGGACAUUUGUGAGGCGUUACCGGCAGGUCCGGAUUCAUGCUGGCGAUUCGGAACUUUAUCGUGCUUGUCUAUCUCUCUCAUUGCUUGGGACUUUGUGAUGAUUUGGUAAGUUGUCCCGCUCGAGGUACACCGGAACUCAUGCUUGCAUACCAUAGUUGAGCGGAGUAAUCCACCCGGUGCCUUUCUUUAGGCCUAAAGGAGUCAUGCGCCCGGAAAUUGAACCCCGGGACCAGCAACGAACCGAAAUAUCGAGACCAUGACUUUCUGCUAUUCUUUGGUUUAGUUCUUAUACCUGGUCAAUCAGCGUCGGGGUUAAUGUCGUAUUAGGCAAGCAAUAACUCGGCUGACACAAACAUUGAUGACGUCGAGCAUUCGGCUUCAUCGCUGCCCAGCCCUGAAACCUGCUUAUCUCAUUGUUCAACCAGAGUAGUCAGCAACCGAAUACUUAUGAACACAACCUUGGUUGACGUUUGGAAAUGCUUGUUAUCAUUCGGAAAGGACAUCAUCGGCAAUAGACAGUCCACCGGCGGGACUUGCAAUAUUUCUCUAGCACGUCCUCAGAUUGGAAGCGCGAUAUAAAGCUGUAACCCUUGCCAGGCUGCCAGUUCCGGCGGCCAGUCCAGUCUGAUCGAAGAUCGGCAGCUCAAACCAUUUCCAGUCAAAAGAUGGCAGUCGACGGUCGAGAACACCUAGUCAUAAUCGGGUCUGGUUGGGCAGGCUUGUACAUUGCCCAGUAUAUCGAUACAAGUCACUACGCAGUCUCAAUUGUAUCACCGAGACGAACGAGCGCGUACACUCCGCUACUGGCAUCUGCUGCAUGCGGCCUGUUCCCAUUCAGUUGUGCUGAAGAAUCGGUGCGAGCAAAGGGUCGGAACUGCAACUUCGCCAAAGCCAAUGCUCUAAGCAUCGAUUUCGACACCAACCGAGUGCAAUGCGAGGCAGCCUUUGACGAAGACGAAGAUGGCUUUCCAAGUCGAGAGUUUUAUCUGGAAUAUGAUCAGUUGAUCAUCUGUCCGGGAUGUCAAACAAACACAUUCAACACCCCAGGCGUCUCUGAACACGCCUUGUUCAUGAAGCAUGUCUCCGAUGCGAUGUCACUACGAAAGAAACUUUUUGAUCAGUUGGAAAAAGCUAGUCUCCCGUGUACGACGGCAGAGGAAGCAUCCGCUCUGCUUCACGUUGCCAUUGUCGGUGGCGGCCCAACAGGCGUCGAAAUCACAGCCGAACUGUCUGACCUGGCUCAGAAUGAACUCAAGGACUUCUACCCUGCCGUGGCACCACUGAUCCACAUCACCAUUUUCGACGUGGCGUCCAACAUUUUAGGGGCCUACGACAAGAGGCUCUACGAGUACGCGACGGAGCAGAUGGCCAAACGGGGGGUGAGGGUCGCCACCAACACCACCAUUCUCCAAGUCGACCGGACGCACUUGCACGUCAAGGGAUCGGAUCCUGUUCCGUACGGCAUGCUGCUGUGGGUGGCGGGGAACAAGUCCAUCCCCUUCGUGGACAACCUGGGCGUGAAGAAGACCAGCCAGGGCCUCGUGCGGAUCGUGACCGAUUCGACGCUCCGCGUCAAGAAGGUCGGCGACGGGAACGGCGUUUAUCGAAACGUCUUUGCUCUGGGUGACGCGGCGGACAUUGACGGUCAACCUCUCCCGACCACGGCCGAGGUCGCGGUGCAAAAGUCAAAAUACCUCGUGCGACGCCUGAAUUCACGGUUCGGUCGAGAGAGACCGUUCGCGUUCAGCAACAAGAGACUGGUCACGUAUAUCGGGGCGCACGACGGCAUCAUCGAAGGGUCGGCCGUCGAUGAGCGGUGGUCGGGCCAGAAGGCCUGGCUGAGCUGGAGAUCCGGCAGUUUCACGUGGACGAGGACGUGGAGGAAUUGGGUGCUCAUAAUGUGGGCGAUGGUGAUGAAUUUCUUGUUCGGUAGGGAUGUCAUGAGACUAUGAAAAGACUACUCGUGAGUUGUAUGUAUUAGAUGAACACGUUUCGAUUCUC